AUGUUUCAAUCUACUGCUAGACAUUUGUCAGUAUCCUUCAGGUCGUUAGCAUUGGUGUCGAGGGCCUAUGCUGUUCGUUCUUUUUCCUCCGGAUUGCCUGUACUUCUCCAGCUCCAAAAACAACAAAAUGCCAAAAAAGCAUCUGCUUCAAAGGUAGUAAAUGUUCAAAAAAAGGCUAAUUUGCCAAAAAAGGUUAAUGUUCAAAAAAAAAUUAGUGUUCUUAAAAAAUCUGCUGCUUUAAGAAAGUCCAAUAUUUCAAAAAAAAAUAAUGCUGUGGAAGGAAGAAAUGCUGCCAAAGUUUCAAAAAAAGCAGGAUCAUCAAAACAAUCAGUUUCUUUGAGAAAUGUCAGUUUCAAGAAAAAAAUCACUCUCAAGAGAAAAGUCACUCUCAAGAAAACAGUCACCCCCAAGAAAAAAGUAAAAGCUUCAAAAAAAAAGACUUCACCAAAUGAAGAAGCAAAAACAUUGACUGUCGAAGAAAUGAAAAAAAGAUUAGAAAACCAAGUGCAAUAUUUAAAUACUCCUCACAGAGAUAGAUUGUUAGCGUAUAGACCUAAAAAUAGUGAACUUUUAAAACAAAAAUAUUUACAUAUGGAGGAAUACGAGGUUGGAACUGAAAGAAUUUCUGAAACACUUUCUUUCCAAGGACACCCAUCUCCUUAUUUAUUUAUUGAAUACAUUAAAAGAUGUAAAAGAACUGUUGAUAGUUAUUUUGAAAUCAGAGACUACAUACUCUUAUAUUUAAGAAAACAGCCAAAAAUGCUUUUGCCUCAGACUUUGAUAUCAUUUCUACUUUUCAGUAUUGAAAUCAACAAGUUGCCACACACAAUCACUUUUUACUAUGGUAAGAGGAAUGUCUUGAAAGAUUUAAUAGAUUCCAAUGUCGUUGCUCACAUUUAUAUUAUAAACCUAUAUCUAAGAAUGUCCAAAUUGAAUAAAGAUUACCUUAAAAGGAGUCCCAAUUUCAAAUAUUUUUUAGAAAAUGAUUAUCUUACACCUUUCAAGCAUACUUCUAUUGUCAAGACAUCUCCUUUAUUGCUUAUUUCUCAAUUGGCAUGCAUCUCGAAAUACUUAUCUAUUAAGUAUAAAAAUAUUAAAUAUUUUGAAAUAGAUGAGCAAGAAAGAACUCUAAUAUCAAAACAAAUAGCUUCAAGAUUCGUAUUUUUGGGUAAAUUUAAUUUUGAAUCUUAUCUCAAACCAUUAGGUGUUAAACCAGGUACUGACUAUACCAAAGCUAGAUGUUUUUAUUCAUCUUCAGAUGCUACUUUAUCAACUUUAAUAAAAUUUCACACUCAAAACAAACCAAUCAAUAGAAUAUUGGCUAUUUGUAGAGAGGAACUUGAAAAUAAUUUAUUUAGAGAUCAAAAAUUUUUCCAACUUGAAAACAGAAAAUUUUUAGAACAAAUUAAAACUGUGAAUGACUGUUAUGAUCUUGUUUCAAAAAAAUUACAUAACUCAUCUGGUAAUAAUUUAUUUUCAAAGCUAUUAGAAACUAUUAAUUAUAAAAAACCUGCUAGUGAAGAAGACUCUAAAGCUGAAGCUGAAGUUGAAACUGAGGCUUCAAAAAAGGCUUAA